AUGGACGUGGCAGCCAUUCUGGAGGAGCACAACAAGGCGCGGCGGGAAGUGGGUGUGCCGGACCUCUCAUGGGACGACGGGGUUGCAGCAGCAGCGCAGGAUUGGGCGAAUAACCUUGCCUCGAGGGGAUGCAUCAUGGAGCAUGGAGGAGCGGAGGGGCUUGGGCAGAACCUGUACUGGAAGGGCCCUGUGCAGCUCAACAGUGACGAGGACCGGGCGGCGGUGCAGUCGUGGGUGGCGGAGCAGGCGGACUGGACGUACAGCCCCGUGCCGGAGGGGUGUGCGGAUGGCAAGCAGUGUUUGCACUACACACAGGUGGUGUGGCGGGAUACCACACAGGUGGGGUGCGGUGCUGCCCAGUGUGCGGAUGGGGGAGGCAUGUGGGUGUGCGACUACUCCCCGCCAGGCAAUAUGGUUGGGUCGACUCCUUUCUAA